GAGAAGAUACGGGAAGAGAGUCUCAGAUGGAGUACAAGAUUCAGAGGUUUUUAGAUUCACAAGGCUUCUAUGAGAGAGUGGAGUGAUGCUGUGGGUUGAUGCGCAGGCUCUUUACUUAAAAAUGAGCAUGGAAAGUGUGAUAUGGUUUCUGCUUCGGAAUUUGGGUUUAUGCAAUUAUUAAUGCUUUAGAAGGAGCUUUUAUUAAUAUUAACUGUUAAUAAUCGAAUUUUUAAAAUCCUCAUUUCUGCAGGAUUUUAAAUUAAAUUGAU